GGUAAAGGACGGAGGAUACAGACAGACCUGACCAUUGUGCGAUAUGACUGGCGCAUCUUUUACCUUGAUCUUUUUAAUCAGCAUUUGGAAUGUGUCUGCUUUUAACAUGAGCGAAAAUCCAGAGUUUCAAGAACAGUUAAUUUUAAAGACGCUGGGCCUGACUAGUCGACCUAGACCGUCCGCGCAUGGCACAGUUCCUUCCCUGCUUUGGAAGAUUUUCAAAAAGGCCCAUGCAAAGGAUAAAACCGUAUCCACAAAUGAUCCGUGUAUGGUUUCAGAAUUUGGUGUCCGUGGCAACAUAGUGCGAUAUGUCCAAGAUCAAGGUAGAAUUAUCCCGGGAUCGAACAGCCAUUGCCCCAAAUGUGUGGAGAAGCAUCUGUUUUUCAACAUGUCCGUGCUCGAGAAAAUUGAGCAACUCUCAUUGGCACAGCUGGAAAUUAAGUUCAAGCAAGAUUUCUCUCGCGUGUCACAGGACGUCGGUCAGCAAGCCUUUAGCAUGUCGCUUUUCAAAGUUCUGAAGACCACACUUAAAGGUGUGAAUCACGGCUCCACUCGAAAGCUGCUCUUUUCUCAAUCAGUGCAACUCCUCUCAGGAUCUGUACGCUUUAAUUUAACAGACAUAGCCGAGUCCUGGAGAAAACCCAUUAAAAACUAUGGCAUGAUUCUCAUAUUGCACCCAAGCCAGCUUACCAACACUUUAGACCCACUUUAUUUUGACAAUGUAAUUUCCCAUCAGUUUGUCAAUAUAGUUCCACAAUUCUACACGUCGCUGGUAGUCGUGUCUUUGAAUCCGCUCCACUGCAGAUCGAGGAGAAAGAGAAGUGCUUAUUAUCUACCGGUUACGCCCAGCAACGUCUGCAAACCGAGACGGCUGUAUAUCGACUUCAAGGAUGUUGGAUGGCAAGACUGGAUCAUUGCGCCCCAGGGAUAUAUGGCUAAUUAUUGUCAUGGAGAGUGUCCAUUCCCUUUGAGCGAAAGUCUUAAUGGGACCAACCACGCCAUCUUGCAGACUUUAGUUCAUUCCUUUGACCCAAAGGGUACUCCCCAGCCCUGCUGUGUUCCAAUUAAGUUAUCCCCCAUCUCCAUGUUGUACUAUGACAACAAUGACAAUGUCGUCCUGAGGCAUUAUGAGGACAUGGUUGUGGAUGAAUGUGGCUGCAGAUGAGUUGCAGAUGAAACGCUGUUCACAUUGUAGUAUUUGUGUUGUGUUAACCUGAUUUCAGUCAGCUUCGUAAUUAGUCUGCCAGAGCGGUCUCAUUCUAAAUUCUAUUGACUACUACUACUUCUUUUUUUUUUUUUGCUUUGCAUCCAUUUUCACCACAUGGAUUUUUAUGUACGUUAUAGCAUUCAUGAAUAAAGCCUUUCCAUUGAUA